AGGCAAACACACACACAAGCCGUGCAGUGUCCGGCCCGCGAAAGCAGGAACAGCCUCGCGGCUGCGGACAGGCUGCAGGGUCCACAGAGCUGGGCCACAGAGAUCGGUGCCCCCGGGAGGAUUCCAGUUUUUUGGACAGAGAAGCCUUUAAAGCACGGCUCAAAGGCUUGCUGAUGUCUCGCAGCCCCUCUGCGCGGAUGUCAGAUACAGCCGUACCGUGACGCUGCGCUCCAGCCCGCCACUGUGGCUCCCCUGGGUUACCGAUCCACCGUCUGAGUUUUACAGAGAAGCUGUCCCCACGCAGUGGAGCCGAGCAUGUGUGCCAGCGGGGCCCUGGCAGACUGCCACCUACCUGGCAUGGCACAGGGGCAGCGGGCUGGCCGGGGUGCCACAGAGAGCCCAUGAGGGGCUGAUCUGGGGUGACACCCACGCAAGUUCCCAUGUGGUUCUCCUCUCGCCAGGCGGGAUCCUUUUAUUCUGUCUAGAGGUUGCAGCUGCACUCCCCAGGCUGAGCAGGGCACGUGGGGACGGCAGCCCCUCACCCAGCCCGGAGCUCCAGUCUGCCGCCAAUACCGGCACUCGUGGAACCAGUGACAGCCGUGUAAUGCCCGCGGCCCCAGUGGGAAUCCUGGAAGGGCCCUUCUCCUUUGACCUGGUCUCCCUUGCGUCAGUGAUUGGGGCAUAGAGAAUAGGGGUUCCCCGAGCCAACAGCCCCGUUCCAAUCGGUGCCCGGCGUGGCGGAGGAGAGAUGCGUCGCUUCGAGGUGCUGCGCCGCUCCUUCCCGUUCCUGGCCCGCUUCCGGGUCUAUCGCACGCUGCCCUGUAGCAUGGAGUCAGACGAGGGCACAGACUGGCUCCUGGAGCUCCUGACCGAGGUGCAGCUGCAGCAGUACUUCCUGCGCAUCCGCGAUGACCUCAACGUCACCCGCCUCUCGCACUUCGAGUACGUCAAAAAUGAGGAUCUGGAGAAGAUCGGCAUGGGGCGGCCUGGCCAGCGGCGGCUGUGGGAAGCCGUGAAGCGCAGGAAAGCCAUAUGCAAGCGCAAGUCGUGGAUGAGCAAGGUGUUCAGCGGGAAACGCCCCGAGGCAGAGUUCCCACUCCAGCCCCAGCCCCCCUUCCCCAAGCUCUCCAGCCCGUCGCCCGCCGAGGAGGGACAGCAGGCCCUGACCUGCCUAAUCAGCGAGAGGGACCUGAUGCUCUUCGAGAAGCUGGGCGACGGCUCCUUUGGCGUGGUGCGGCGCGGCGAGUGGGGCACGCCCACUGGCAAGACGCUCACCGUGGCUGUGAAGUGUCUCAAGACGGAUGUGCUGAGCCAGCCGGAGGCGCUGGACGACUUCAUCCGGGAGGUGAAUGCCAUGCACUCUCUGGACCACUGCAACCUGAUCCGGCUCUACGGCGUGGUGCUCUCGCCCCCCAUGAAGAUGGUGACGGAGCUGGCCCCGCUGGGCUCCCUGCUGGACCGGCUACGGAAGAACCAGGGCCAUUUCCUCAUCUCCACACUGUGCCAGUACGCCAUCCAGAUUGCCAAGGGCAUGGCCUACCUGGAGUCCAAGCGCUUCAUCCACCGCGACCUGGCUGCCCGCAACAUCCUGCUGGCCUCCAACAACCUGGUCAAGAUCGGCGACUUUGGGCUCAUGCGGGCGCUGCCCAAGAACGACGACCACUAUGUCAUGCAGGAGCACCGCAAGGUGCCCUUCGCCUGGUGUGCCCCGGAGAGCCUGAAGACGCGCACCUUCUCGCACGCCAGCGACACCUGGAUGUUCGGGGUUACCCUCUGGGAAAUGUUCACCUACGGGCAGGAGCCAUGGGUCGGCCUCAGCGGCAGCCAGAUCCUCCACAAGAUUGACAAGGAGGGCGAGCGGCUGCCGCGGCCCGAGGACUGCCCUCAGGACAUCUACAAUGUCAUGCUGCAAUGCUGGGCGCACAAGCCCGAGGACCGGCCCACCUUCGUGGCCCUGCGCGACUUCUUGCUGGAGGCCCAGCCCACGGACAUGAGGGCCCUGCAGGACGUGGAAGAGCCGGAGAAGCUGCACAUCCAGAUGAACGACGUCAUCACAGUCAUCGAGGGCAGGGCUGAGAAUUAUUGGUGGCGGGGUCAGAAUAAGAGGACCCUUAAAGUGGGGCAGUUCCCCCGAAACACAGUGACCUCCGUGGCAGGGCUGUCGGCCCACGACAUCAGCCAGCCGCUAAAAAACAGCUUCAUCCACACUGGCCAUGGAGACACCAACUCCCAGCACUGCUGGGGCUUCCCCGAUAAGAUCGAUGAGCUGUACCUGGGAAACCCCAUGGACCCUCCCGAUGUGCUAGGCGUGGACCUGAACGCAGCCAGACCCACCCAGCUCCCGGGCCGGGCGAAAAGGGAGCCACCACCUCGGCCACCACAGCCGGCCAUUCUCCUUUCGAGUAAGUUGGGCCAUUCUCCGCUCCUGUCCUCCCUCUUCUCUCCUCACUCCUCUCUGCCAGAGCCCUCGUACGACCCCGUCAGCGGGGAGGACGACUCCCUCUCCACGGGCCUCAAGCGGCUGUGCCUGAGGAAGCCGGGCCCCCCGAAGGGGCUGAAGCUGGUGAAGCCUUCAGCCUGGGUGUCGGGCACCAAGGUGGGCGAGCGGCAGCCGAGCCGGGCCAAGGGCGGGGGCACCUCCUGUGGCGAGGCGCCCCUGAUCGACUUUGGGGACGAGCCUCCCCCCACCGCCCCCUCGCCAGUCGGGGAGCUGGGCGCCCCCUCCCUCGCCAGGCUGGCCAUGGAGGCUUUCUCCCUGCUGGACAAGACGCCCCCCCAGAGCCCCACACAAGCACUGCCCCGGCCCCUCCACCCCACCCCGGUGGUGGACUGGGACGCACGGCCCCUGCCCCCGCCGCCGGCCUAUGACGACGUGGCCCAGGACGAGACCGACUUCGAGGUGUGCUCCAUAAACAGCGUGGAGGGGCUGGCGGGGCGGCCGGCCUGGGCCGAGGACGAGAAGGCAGCGGGGGAGUGGGGCUCGGCGCCGCUGGAGGACAACCUCUUCCUGCCGCCCCACGGGGCCAAGCAGCCGAGCCUGGCGCAGACUACCGAGAUCUUCCAGGAGCUGCAGCAGGAAUGCAUGAAGCGGCUGCACGUGCCCCAGGGCCCCGGCGAGGACAAGCCGCAGAUCCCGCCCCGCGUGCCCAUCCCGCCCCGGCCCCUGCGGAGGAACGAGCCCGGCCGCUGGUCGGGGGAGCUGUCCCCGGCCUCGGGGGGUGAGGAAGACCGGCCGCCCCAGAUCCCGCCCCGCGACCCCUUGUCCCAGCCCACCUCCAGGACUCCCAGCCCCAUGGCACUGCAGGUGGGCUCCCCGCAGCAAAGGGCCAGCCUCUGCUCCCCCUUGGCCCUGGCUGCCUGCCUCUCCACCUCCCCGGGCAAGGCCAUGCCCACCACGCAGAGCUUCGCCUCCGACCCCAAGUACGCCACGCCCAAGGUCAUCCUGGCGCAGGACAAGGACAGCGCCAGGGGCCCCUGCAUCCUGCCCAUUGUCAAGGACGGCCGGAAGGUGAGCAACACCCACUACUACCUGCUGCCCGAGCGCCCAGCCUACCUGCACAAGUACGAGAAGUUCUUCAAGGAAGCCCAGAGCCCUGAGGAGCCGGCGCCCCGCGUGGUCAGCACCGCCACCGUCCGGCCCAGGGUGCAGCAGUCCAACUGCUCGGCCAACAACAGCAACCCCGGCCCCCGGGGGGCGCUCAGGGCCUCCUGCAGCGUCCAGACCAUCAUCUACGACAGCAGCGAUGGCUGCCGGGCCGCCGAGAAAGUGCAGCUGGUGCAAGAGAUGGUGCACGGCGUGACCACCGAGGAGUGCCAGGCCGCCCUGCAGAACCAUGGCUGGAGCGUCCAGCGGGCCAUCCAGUAUCUGAAGGUGGAGCAGCUUUUCUGUGUGGGGCUGAAGACCAGGGGGGAGUGCCACAGGGUCCUGGAGAUGUUCGACUGGAACCUGGAGCAGGCCAGCUGCCACCUGCUGGAUCCCACCAGCGCUGCCAGGCAGAAGUGGUGACGGCGGCAGGCCGGGAAGCUGAGUCAGACCUGGAGCGGGCACCUCCCACCUCGGCGGUGCCUUCCCGCCACAUUGGACUGAGCCAGCCAGAGCAAGGCUGGAGAGCCAGGAGCAGGGCUGAGAGCCUGACCAGGGGCUCAGGACUGGCGAGGGGCAGCCCCCAGGACCCCGCUGGGGGUCAUCCCGGAGCUCGCUGGGGAAUUGUUUUGUAAAGAGAAAUGUAAUUUUAAUAUAUAUAUAAAUAUUCUAUUGGAGAGGAA